AUGGCCACCGCGUACGCGCAUCCCGCCAGUGCCCUCCAGUCGCCCAGACAGCACUACCUCCAGCCCAACCCCCCGCCCCAGCGCAGGCAUGCCUCGCGCCAGAAGUUCGCUCAGGACUUCUCCCAGUGCCUCUACGAUUUUGUCAUCCAGCUGCUGCCCACCACGGAAGAGCUCGCUGUCAAGGAGGACGUCCGCAAGCUUCUCGAACGCCUCAUCCGCACCAUCGAGCUCGACAGCCGGCUGUUGUCCUUCGGCAGUACUGCCAAUGGCUUCAGCCUUCGCAACUCAGAUAUGGACUUAUGCUGUCUGAUCGAUUCUGAGGAGCGGCUUUCCGCCACCGACCUCGUGAACAUGCUGGGAGACUUGCUGGAGCGAGAGACCAAGUUUCACGUCAAACCGCUCCCACAUGCCCGAAUACCCAUCGUCAAAUUGUCGCUCGAUCCCGCCCCCGGCCUCCCCUUCGGAAUCGCAUGUGAUAUUGGCUUUGAGAAUAGGCUCGCUCUAGAGAACACGCGUUUGCUAAUGUGCUAUGCGAUGAUCGAUCCUGCCCGCGUGCGGACGAUGGUUCUGUUUCUCAAAGUAUGGAGCAAGCGACGGAAAAUCAACUCCCCCUACAAAGGCACGCUGUCCUCAUACGGAUACGUACUCCUUGUGAUAUAUUUCCUUGUACAUGUCAAGUCGCCUCCCGUUCUUCCCAAUCUACAACAAGUGCCGCCUCUGCGGCCUAUAUCUAAAGAAGAUACUCAUCUCAAUGGACACAAUAUAUGGUUUUUCGAUGAUAUAGAACUCCUACGACAACGAUGGAAGUCGUCUAAUACUGAAAGCGUCGCCGAGCUCUUGAUUGACUUUUUCAAGUACUAUUCGCGCGACUUCAACUACUCAAGCGGCGUCGCGUCCAUCAGGGCGGGCCUCCUCAAGAAAGAUAGCAAGGGUUGGGUCAGCGAGGCCGAGAAGGGCAGCCCGAGAGAACGCAAUCGAUUGUGCAUUGAGGAUCCGUUCGAAACUGAUUUCAAUGUCGCACGAUGCGUGACGAGAGAUGGCCUGUAUACCAUCCGGGGCGAAUUCAUGCGAGCAUCCCGAAUCCUCUCGAGUCGUCCUGAGCGCGCCAUUGUCGCCCUUGCACAGCUUUGUGAAGAACGCAAAGAGGAGGAGCUUCUGCACCCUUCGCCUGCCCGCGGCGCGUUUGUCCCGCCUCGCCUGUCUCCCAUUCCGCCACAGGUCCCAUAUACCGUAAACAGCAGCCCGAUGCGCCCCCAGCGCCUCCCCAUCGCUGACACCCCCACACCCUCGGAGUUACACGCUCCCGGUCCGUCUUCCCCUGCACCAUCGUCUUCCCCUGCUUCAGCCUCCGCUUCUGCGUCGCCCCCGCAGCAACCGGCGCCGUCAUUACCGCAGGUCGAAGUACCAAAGCCACUCCCGCUUGACCAGCUCGAGCACAUGGCCCCCAAACGCGGAAAGUGGACCAGCCCACCACCACCAGAGGCGCCCGCAGAGGACCACACGUCCUUCGAGAGCCGCCUGGGGCAGGGCCUCGCCCUCGCCACCGAAGCCGGACCCGCGCGCGAACGGGAUCACGAGCGCAACUCGCACGGUGCGUCGAACGCGUCGUCGAACGCGAGCGAAGUGCACACGGACGACGACGCACGCUCCGAGCUCGCCGAGUCGGACGACGUGCACUCCGUGCGCUCGUUCACUGAGGAGGGCGCGCUCGACCGGCGGCGCGACAAGGAACGCGAGCGGCAGCGCGACGGCGAGCGCGAGCCGACGGUGACGCUCGAGCGCCAGCAGCUGCGCCAGAUGCGCCCGUCCACUUUGGAGCAGGCAUACGAGCUCCCUGCGCCGCGCGCUGCCGGCCGCGCUGAGGGCGGGCUCGACGCGCGGAUGCUGGCGCGACUGCGCGGGCGGCCAGUGCUGCGACUGGCACAGCAGAUGAGCGAUAUGGGCCUCGGGGCUGGAGAGGAUGUGCGCGAGACGUUUGCUCCCUCGGCGCUGGACUCCCCGCGGCGUUCUCUCUCAGGACCUGCCCGCACGUUUUUGCCACAUCGUUUCGCGCAGCUGCAGAGCCCGGCUGCGUUCGCGCCGGGGCCUGCAUACCCCUCGCCUGCGGACGUGACGACCACAGCGCAGCCGCCACCCUUCACCAAUGUCUACUACGAGACGACGCCCGUGAAGGAGCGUCUCUUCCGCAUGCUGCAGCCAUACGGGGUCCCUGCGCCCGCCAUGCCCCCUGUAUCUCCUCACCAGGUCUACGAUACCCCCGACUACUACCAGACCGCGGGCCCGUCGAGCUCCUCGCCGUCGUCCUCCCCGCGACACAUGUUUGCCGCGCCGCCGGCGUCGUCUUCCACACGCCAGGCCAACCCGCGGCAGACCUCCCCACGCCAUCUGCCGCCCUCGCUCCGGCGCAGCUCGAAGCUCGCCGAGAUGCCUGCAUCCCAAGUCCCGUAUGAUACCAACAUGCUCUUGCCGUCUAGCGCGCAUGCGCGUCAUUCGCACUCGCACACACCCUCGACCGCUACGAUUACGUCUGCGACGACACCACGCGCGCAUGUCCAGACGUUCGCUUCUACGCAGCACCUCGGCCCGUCGCUAUCUCGCUCGCGGUCUCCUCCAUAUCCGGCCAGCAGUCCGCAGUCGCGGCCGCAUUCUCGACAACAGCUCCCGCCGCGCUUGAGCGGAGAUCGGGGCUUGCGCCCCGCAUCACCCUUCGCAUCGAUAUCAUCCGGAAGCGGCUCGCCGCCCAUGUCAUGCACGAGUUCGCAGUACGCGGCCUCGUGUUCACCACUCUCGACAUCGCCGCCGUCGCCGACGAACAGUGACGGGCAUCCCAAGCCAACGAGGUUUUACAAUAUCAAUGGAAGUGCGAGGGAGUAA